GAAAAUGACGGAUGGAAGCAAUUCUCAAAUCGGUAGUAGUUCCAAGGCAUCGAUAAAAAUAGAAGAAGAAAUUGAACUUAUUUUAGGUUAAACAAGUAUAAAAAAUAUAAUCAUAAUGAUCAAAUUUGCAAUCAAAGCAGGAGUUGCUACGGCAGCUGUAUACUAUAUUAACGAGCAAGGCAUCUGGAAACCAAGCAAUGAAAGUGUUAAAGUCUAUCCAAAGAUCAAAGAAGUUGCCACUCCUUAUGUGGAACAGGUUACUGCACAAAUUCCAUAUGAGUUGCCCAAAUUGCCUGAAAGUGAUGUAUUGUCGUCUGUUGUGAAAGAAAGUUGGAAUGCUGGUGUCUUGGUUACUUUUAAAUUUUUAUCUGAUCUACCAUACACAACUAAAGAAUGGACAAAUAAGGGCAUAGAUAUGGUGAAGCAAAAUGAAGAAAUUAAAAAAUUUAUCAAUUCAUUUUCGUAAUUUGUAUAACUGAUGAUCAUUAUAAUUUAUUAAAUAAUAAAAAUUUUUAGUUGUAA